GAGAACAGCCCUAGAGAAACUGUAGAAACAGCAGACAUACGAAACUGAUGCACAGAGAAAGCCUAACAAGCUAGUGUGCAUCCAGAAAUAAGGGUGUAGAAACAGCAGAUCAAGGUAGAAUGCGCUAGAGAGAAUAUGCACGCUGCCAUGCAGAGACCGUGAUCCAAGCAAGCAUUCUUAUUCCGCUAUUUAGUCUAUUUAUCCGGGAAUUACAACAAAAUGGAUGACGAACACGAGGUCGACGUCAGCUCGAGCUCGAGCUGUCAGACGAGGAUAUUUAGACGGCAGGACAUCGCUUACAACGAGGAGGCCGACAUGGUCGGUUCUGGAGGGUUCGGUGUCGUUUACCGAUGUCGGUUGGAGAACUCAAGCGAACUGGCGGCGAUUAAAGUUCUUUCUACGCUGCAACAACUGCACAAAAGUGAAGAGGAGGAUCUUAUUCGGGAGGCGAAUAUAUUGCACAGCCUCGGUGAUUGCCCGUAUAUUGUUCGUUUCUUGGGCUUGUGCAUCGAGCCUGGUCAUUAUGCGAUUGUUAUGGAGUACCUAGAGUAUGGAAAUUUGGAAGACAUGUUGCUGUCGGGAGUAGACGAUCAUCCAGCCAUCAAGCAAUGGGACUGUCGCAUCCAUAUGGCUGUAGCAAUUGCCAAAGGAAUGGAAUAUUUACACAGUCUGGCAACACCGAUUAUUCACAGAGACUUGAAGACAACGAAUGUGUUGGUGUGUUGCAACUAUAGCUGCAAAAUUAUUGAUUUUGGUUUAGCAAGAGUACGAGAAAUUUCAUCACAAACAACAAGCAGCGUGAAAGGAACACUAGCGUUUACUGCACCUGAGUUAUUUAAUCAAUCAGUUAAGAAGGAGAAGGAAAUGAAAAUCGAUGUUUACUCAUAUGCAAUUGUUCUUUGGCAGCUCAAAGAAAUGAAAUCACUCUAUGCUGAUGUUCUUCCUGCCGUUAUACGAGCCAAUGUUCUGUCUGGUGAGAGACCUUCACUAACAGAUGAUGAAAAUAUAGAAGGAUAUAUUCAACUUAUUGUACGUUGCUGGGAUAAACAACCCGAAUGCAGGCUAGACUUCAAAGAGAUUAUAACUAUGCUGCACGGAAUCAGAAGCCUAAUAUGUCCAGUGCCUUUUGUGAUCGUAAAUAGCGAUGUUGCUAAUAGCAGCAGAAACAGCACGUUUGCUGCCCUUGGGAACUCUAAUCUGUAUGUAGCAUCCAAUACAGACUUAGCACAUUUUAAGCAGCAGAAGAAUCUAGUACCAUCGAGCACUCCCAUUUCUCAUCUUAUGGAUAACACUCACAUUCAUGAAGGCCUUCAAAUGGUAGCUGAAGUCAUGGAUAAAGAAGAUGACAUAAUAUGUGACGACUGGAGAAGUUUGUGGUCCGACUUGCUUGAUGAACGAUCAUUAAAUGAAGAAAUGAUGAAGCAGAUUCGACUAACUUCAAGUCCCACACUCUAUGUUUUGAGAAAAUGGAUGUGCAAGUCAGCAUGCGCAACGGUUGGCAAACUAAUUCAACGACUUACUGCUAUUGAUCGAAAUGAUGUGGCAGCUGUUAUGAGGAAAUUCGUACAUAAACAAGGAGAGGUCGCAGCAGAGACUGCAUUACUAAUAAGACGACAGAGCAAAGUGAAACGAGAAAAUCUAGUUUUGGCGGCGACCUUAGUGAGCUGCAAUUGGGAGAGAUGUGCUGCCAUGCUAGAUCCAUUGUUGUUUACCGUUUCAAAGACAGAAGAGAUUAGAAAGCAGUAUAAACAUUAUUUCACUAAAUCUCGUGCGGUGUUGGAGACGUGGGCAAACAGUUUGGACAAGAAAGCAACUAAUGGAUCACUGAUCAGUGUUCUGUUACAUUUUCUUGAUGAAGCCAACGUUGUUAAGAUAUUUGGACAAGAUCUUGUAGAGUAUGUGAAAACCUUUCCUUAGACAGAUCCGCGUGGAGGCUGUUUGUACGCGGUUUUGGAAAUAUAUGGACUGAGUGAG